UGUAUUCAGUGUGACACUGAUGGUACAGGCUGGGUUUGUUGUGUUUAAUAAAGUUAAGUGUACGCAACUAGAUUGGCGUUAACCGUCCAUUUUAUUUAUAAUAGAGGAUAGAAUGAAACAUGGUGGCAGACUCAACUAAUCUGGCGAAAUCAUGGAAAUUGUGGGAAGAAGAGUUCACGCUGUAUAUGGAUCUUACUUUAGCGGACGCUGGCGAAGCCAUGAAGCUGAAAGUUUUCAGUUAUCUCAUUGAGGAGUCGGGAAGAGAGCUGUGCGAGACCCUGAUCCCCACCUCGUCACCAGAUCGGACAGUAAGCAGAUUAAUAAGUGCACUGGAUUUUGUCAGAAAUCAGGGCUCUGAUGAGAACAUUGACAAAAUAUGAAACGGACUUAAGAAUGCUCGCCAGUACGUGCAAUUCCGGCCAGAUCAAAGACUCUCUGAUCCGCGAUAGAAUUGUUUGCGGCAUAUCCAGCUCUGUUUUGAGAGAGAGACUUUUAAGGGAGCAGGAUUUGACUUUGGAAAAAUGUGUGCAAAUCUGCAGAACAGCAGAGCUGUCGCGGAAAAACAACAGAACGAUUGAAGGACGAGUGACAGAGGAAGUGCACGCUGUAAAACAAGCUGUGAGAAAAGAUAAAAGAGCACUGUAAACUGCAAGUUCUGCGGGAAAAUGCAUGAGAGAAAUAAACAGAAAUGUCCUACAUAUGGGGAAAAAAAUGUGGAAAAGACAAUCAUUUUGCCAUAAUGUGCACAGAAAGAAAAAACAGUGUAUACUAUUACUGAGUCAGAUGAUAAAAGUUAUGAGGACAUCUUGUGUGUAACAGUACAGACAGUGAACACUGUGAUGAAGGAGAAACAGAGGCCGCCCUCAAAACUCUUUGCUGCCAUGCUCCCGGGAAAAGAACAGGUAAAGUUUCAGUUAGAUUGUGGAGCCUACUGUAACAUUAUACCUGUCAACCUGUUAAACCCAGCCACACAAAUUGAAAAGACUGAGCAGGUGCUGGUGAUGUACAAUAAAAGCACACUGCAGCCAUUGGGGAAAUGUAAAGUUAAACUGAGAAAUCCUAGAAACAAGAAACUGUAGUGAUUAGAAUUCAUGGUUGUAAAUGAGGAGUCCGCAGUGCUGCUACUGGGCAGCAGGGCAGUACAAGCCAUGAAUCUAGUGAAAGUUCAUUAUGAAAACAUCAUGGCUAUGGAUAGCAUUGUCACCAAAGAGACCGGGAAAGAUGAAAUGUGGAGCAUGAAUAAUAUCACAAACUAUGCUGAUGUGUUCCAGGGAGACGGAUGUCUGGAGGGUGCGUAUAAAAUAGAAGCAGACCCACAAUAACUCCAGUGAAACUGCCAAAGAGACGGGUCCCUGUGGCGAUGAUGGCGCCACUUAAAGCAGAGCUGAGUGAUCUUCAAUGAAGAGGGAUCAUCACACCAGUAGACUGUAGCACAGAGUGGAUUAGCAGUCUUGUUAUUGUUAAGAAGCCAUCAGGAAACCUCAGGAUAUACAUAGAUCCAAGACCACUCAACAGAGCUCUGAAAAGAUGCCACUUUCUUCUGCUGACAAUAGAUGAAAUGCUGCCAGACUUGUCGAAGGCAAAAGUUUUCACUGUGUGUGACAUCAAAAAUGGAUUUUGGCAUGUGACCCUGGAUGAGGAAUCGAGUUACAUGACCACAUUUGCCACACCGUAUGGCAGAUACAGAUGGCUGAGGAUGCCGAUGGGCAUCAGCCCCGCACCAGAGGUGUUUCAAAGAAAACUCAGUCAAGCUCUAGAAGGAUUGUGAGGUAUAUAUGUCAUAGCUGAUGACAUCCUCAUCACAGGAGAGGGCGAGACAUUAGAAUUAGCAAACCAAGACCAUGACGACAAACUGAGAGCACUGUUGAAUAGAUGUAAAAGAAAAGAACAUCAAACUGAAUGCAGAGAAGUUUCCAUACAUCGGACAUUAACUUACCGCAGAUGGGCUCAGAGUGGAUCCUGAGAAGGCACGAGCGGUCAGAGACAUGCCACGUCCAACAGAUGUCAAGGGUGUCCAAAGGCUCCUGGGCAUGGUAAACUAUCUCUCGAAAUUCUGUGACCACCUGUCAGAUGGCUGUGAGAUACUGAGGCAGCUAACUCAUAAAGGCAGUAUCUGGGAAUGGUCAGAUGCGCAUGAACAAUCAUUCACACGGCUCAAAGAUGCCAUCACCAAAGCCCCAAUUCUCAAAUAUUACAACCCAGAUGAACCACUGACACUUCAGCGUGAUGCAUCAGAGACUGGGUUAGGGGCCGCUUUACUUCAGGAGGGGGCGCCAGUUGCUUGUGGAAGUCAGGCAUUGACUCAGACAGAGAGGGGUUAUGCCCAGAUAGAGAAAGAAUGUUUGGCCAUUGUCUUCGGUAUGGAAAAAUAUGGGCGCAAAGUAACUGUACACUCUGACCAUAAGCCACUGGAAAACAUAGUAAGAAAACCCCUGCUGAACACCCCAAAAUGCCUGCAAAGAAUGUUACUUAGACGACAGAGAUAUGACAUUGAAGUCAAUUAUAUCCCAGGGAAGGACAUGUUGCUAGCUGACACGCUGAGCCGCUCAUACUUACCUGAACAUGCAUCAGAGAGUUCAGUAGAAGUGGAGAUUGAAAGCAUAAACACGGUCCAGCAUGUACAUAUAGCAGAAGAAAGACUCCAGGCCAUCAGAGAGGAAACAAGUAAAGACAGAAAAUUGCAAACACUGAUCAGAUUCAUCCAGGAAGGUUGGCUAGUGAACAAAAAGACUUGCCAAAUGACAUUGCACAUUACAACUCUUUUCAGGAGGAACUGAGUGUGCAGAGUGGAAUUGUCUUCAGGGGGGAGAGAGUUGUAAGCCCCGACGCACUCAGAGGUGACAUUGUUCAGCGCAUUCACUCCUCACAUUUGGGCAUAUAGGGAUGCCUAAGAAGGGCAUGAGAAUGUGUUUAUUGGUUGGGGAUGAAUGAUCAGAUGAAGACAUUCAUAGAAAAAUGUGACAUCUGCAGAUCUAUGGAUGUGAAACAGCAGAAGGAGACUCUGUGGUCUCACAAACUACCAAGUAACCCAUGGUCUAAGGUGGGGACAGAUAUAUUCACUUUAGACAACAGAAACUACCUGAUCACUGUUGAUUACCUCUCUAAUUUCUGGGAGCUGGACUACUUACCUGACACACGAUCCACGACUGUCAUCCAUAAGCUGAAAGCCCAUUUCGCAAGACACGGUAUCCCAGAUGUUUUUAUCUCGGAUAACGGCCCACAAUACACAUCAGAAGAUUUCAAAAGGUUCAGUAGACAGUGGGAAUUUAAACACAAGACAUCCUCACCGGCCUACCCACAAAGCAACGGGAUGGCAGAAUCAGCGGUAAAGACUGCAAAACAGCUGUUGAAAAAAGCAAAAGCUGAUGGGAAGGAUCCAUACCUCGCCAUGCUUGAUCAGAGAAACACACCAUCGCAAGGGAUCAAAGCAAGCCCAACACAGCGGUUGUUCAGUAGGAGAACCAGAACUCUGAUGCCCAUGCAUGACAACCUGCUACAACCAAAGGUAAUUCACACUCGACAAGAACAGAUUGAAAACAAGAACCGUCAGGCUGCAUAUUAUAACAGACAUGCAAAAGAUCUAGAUCCUCUAAAACAAGGAGACAGAGUCCGUGUCCAGCCAGAGGAACAUAACAAAACAUGGAGAAAAGCGACAGUUGUGAAACCUGUGGACUACAGGUCUUAUGACGUCCAGCUCGACUCAGGGAACAUUCUGAGGAGAAACCGCCGACACCUCAGGAGGGACAGAACCACAGUAGUGGAAAACAGAGACUUGUCAGCCUGCAGAGAUCCAGGCUUUGAUGCUGAAUAUAACCUGCAGUGUUUCUCUAUCAAUCUCUUUAAGUUUAGUGUGACUUUAUCUCCACGCUGACAUAUGACUGACACGAGUCUGUCCUCAGUGAAGUGUCUCUUCACGCUGGAGGAGGAGUC